AGAGGAUGGGAGAGAGUCAUCAGCAACACCAACAACAAUCGUCGAGAUUGGGAAUGAGGGCCGCCGCCGCCGGAGGAGGAGAGAUCGUAGAAGUCCAAGGAGGCCACAUUGUGCGAUCCACAGGAAGGAAAGACAGGCACAGCAAGGUCUGUACUGCAAAGGGUCCUCGCGACCGAAGAGUCCGCUUGUCUGCUCACACUGCUAUUCAGUUCUACGACGUUCAGGACCGACUAGGCUACGACCGACCCAGCAAGGCUGUCGAUUGGCUAAUCAAGAAGGCCAAGGCUGCCAUAGACGAACUCGCCCAACUUCCUGCUUGGACCCCAACCACCACCAGCGGCAGUGCUGCAGCCCUUCCUCAAGCCAACACUUCUCAAACACUCGAGCAAAGCCACGAAGAGGAGAACGGGCUUCAUUUCCACCACAAGACCGACACUGCGGCAGUGGUUGGUUCGAGUAAGAGGCCAAUGGCUGAAUCUACGGAGGCAGCGCCUUGUGGGUUUGUUUUUCAGCAUCAGCAGCAGCAGCAGAUGAACAAUCCCAACAGAAGCCAUAGCUCCAGCUUCCUCCCACCUUCUCUAGCCUCAGACUCCAUUGCCGAUACCAUAAAGUCCUUCUUUCCGAUGGGCGCUGCUGCAUCCUCUUCUUCUAUCCAUUUCCAGAACUACCCACCAGACCUUCUCUCCAGAACCAGCAGCCAAACUCAAGAUCUUCGUCUCUCGCUACAGUCCUUCCAAGACCCAAUCCUUCUUCAACACCAGCAGCAGCAGCAACUACACCAUCAUCAAUCCACCAAUCCUUCGGCCGAACAGGCCCUUUUCUCUGGUUCAGCUCCAUUGGCAUUUGAUACCGCCUCCACCACAUGGUCUGAGCAGCCGUCACAGCUGCAGCAGCACACAGCAGCGGAUUUAACACGGUAUCGAAGAAUGGUUGCUUGGAAUGCCGGAACGGAUACAAGCAGCAGCUCGGGAGCAGGUGAAGGAGGAUUUGUCUUCCAUUCGCCUCAGCUGCUGCAACCGUUUCUCGGCCAAAACCAGUUCUUUUCUCAGAGGGGACCCCUUCAGUCCAGUAACUCACCUUCAGUUCGCGCUUGGAUGGACCCGCAGAUUUCCAUCGCCACCGAUGAUGAUCAUCAUCAGGCAGCCUCAGUUCAUCAAUCUUCAAUCUCUGGCAUCGGAUUUGCCUCCGGUGGAUUCUCGGGCUUCCGCAUUCCGGCACGAAUUCAAGGUGAAGAGGAGCACGACGCUGUCGCUGACAAGCCGUCCUCUGCUUCCUCUGUUUCACGCCAUUGAGUGAACAAACCGAAAUUCUCCCUUCGCCAGGUAUUCUCUUUCUUCAUAGAUGAGCGCUCAAGGAAUCUGUAACAAGGAGGAAGAGAUUUUCGGUUUCUUACACCAAUGGCUGACCGUGGGAAGAAGAAAUCUGUGUUGAUUCUCAGGUUGUUCUGUCCCCGGUUCGUUUGCAUGAGUUAGUUAAUUUUAUGUUUCCAGAUUUCCUGUUUAGAUGGGCUCUUUGAGCUCUCUACUUUGUUCUAUCUUUGUUUCAUUCCUGUGCCACUGUUUAAAGACUUUGGAUUCUGUUUUUGCUGUCUUUCCGUUAAUGUUUUUAUUCAGGAGGAGAAAGAAAGACUUGUUUGUUCUGAUAAA